AUGGGUCAAAGUCCAUACAAAGUCGCAAUUGUCCUUGAAGAGCUAGGACUACCGUACGAGACCCGGCUACUCGAUGUGUCGGAAGUAAAGAAGAAGCCGUUUACAGAUCUCAAUCCGAAUGGGAGAGUGCCUGCCCUCACAGACCCGAACAACGGCUUGACGAUCUGGGAGUCUGGCGCCAUCAUCCAGUAUCUGGUCGAGGUGUACGAUGUCGAUGCAAGUAUCACAUACCACUCCGCGCCCGAGAAAUACCUCCUGAACCAGUGGCUACAUUUUCAAGUCUCUGGACAAGGGCCAUACUACGGUCAGUGCGCCUGGUUUACCCACUACCACCAUGAAAACUUGCAGAGUGCGAAGGAUCGAUACUUGAAAGAGGUCGAAAGGGUUAUCGGCGUUCUUGACGGCUGGUUGCAGAAACAUGAGUUCCUUGUUGGUGAGAAAUGUACGUAUGCAGACCUGAGUUUCGUGACUUGGGCGGCCCUCGUACCAUGGCUUGACAAGGAGAAAAGAAUCCCAAUGGCACAGUACAGUGCUUAUAACGCUUGGAUGGCAAAGCUUGUUGCAAGGCCGGCUGUACGAAAAGUUCUCACUCUACUUGAAGAAAGGAGGAAGCAAAUGUUAGGAUAG